AUGGGCUUGCUGACAAGAUCUCAGCAGCUACUCGCUGCUUUUGUUGUAGGGAAUUAUAUUCCAUGGUUAUCAUGGGUGGAUGGUUUAAAGCGGGGAACAGAUAAAGUUGCCAAAGAAUUUGACGAGUUUCUUGAUGUUGUUAUUGACGAGCAUAUAAAUAACAACAUAAAGGCAGAAGACGCUAAUGGAGGAAAUGAACAAGGCCAGCUGGAUCUAGAUGUGUUUUUUGCGGGAACUGAAACAACAAGCGCAAGUAUAGAAUGGACACUAAGCGAGCUAGUAAGACACCCACAUAUAAUGAAGAAGCUGCAAACAGAGGUAACAAAAAUAGCGCAAGGAAGAUCAAUGGUCACAGAGGAUGAUACGCAUGAAAUGCCUUACUUGAAAGCCGUCCUUAAAGAGGGCUUGCGACUAUACCCUCCAAUCACAGUACUAGUUCCUCGAGAAUUAAGAGCGGACGUCAAUUUAAUGGGGUACGACAUUGCAAAAGGCACCCAGGUGAUGAUUAAUGGUUGGGCAAUUUCAAGAGAUCCGUCGAUAUGGGAAGAACCAGAGUGA